GGACGAGACAUCAUCCACACCCUCUCACGCUACCGUCCAUAUCAAUGUUCGCGUUUUUGUACAAUUUGCUUUUAAUAGUUACGUUCAUUAAAGUGUGAAAAUAAAUGUGAGUACCUCCACUCAACUUGUAGACGGCUGGCCAGUGGAGUGUGAGAGCAGGGAGGAUGUAGAGACGCCGUCGGCCGAGAUGGCAUCACGGCGCAGUGGCGGUGGGGUCGACCCGGGAAACGACGACGAAGACGACGACGAGUGUUCCUCCGAAACCCGAAAAGAGUGCCUCGGGAGACCGAGCUCCUGCCGAAGGGGCGAACAGAAUUAAACCACCGAGAUUUUGGGAACAAUAGACAGAGUGUGAGUGUGUGAAGUGCCGUGCGAUGUGAGCCGAGGCCGUGCAGUCAUGGCUCAGGAUUGACGGUUAUGGAGAUAGCAUGUCCAGAGGAUAUAAUGGUGGACCUCAGUGGUUACGUCAUUAUAAUCGUAGAAACCAAGGACAAGAAGAUUCGACUUUAUGGGUCACCAGCAGAUCGUGCAGAGUUGGAGGUGGCAGACGAGAUCUUGGAGGUGAAUGGCACAACUCUGGAGGGAUCCUCUCACACGCAGGUCAUUGCUCACUUGUACGAGGCCAUCCAGUCACGCACAGUAUGCCUGAGAGUGAGAAGGAGAACGGGCAACCGCCUUGCCUUGGAUUUGGCGCAGAACAGCAACGUGCAAGAUGCCUUCCUCAUCGCCGUGGAGCAGCAGGCCCGCGAGCGGCUCGAGCGGCUGUCCGCGCUCAAGAAAAUCAAGCCAGUCGACAUGAGCAAGCUCUCUCAACAGCUAAACAGAGAGGCAACGACCAAAUCCGAAUCCGAACAGGCGAACGGUUUUAUCGAGAAGACUCCUAUCUACGUGACCGCGUACCCUCCCAGUCAAACGACCAACUCGACCUCCACGUCCUCCAGCGCGAGUGCGGUUGUCAAGCCAGCAGCAGCAGUCACGAGUCCCAGCAGCUCCCAGACCCCGCCUCCUACCAGUACUCAGGACCUAGAGCUCACUCAGGAGCUUGCCCAGGAGCCACCACCACCCUCCCCCUCACCAUUUCCCAACGGCCGCACAGAGGUCCUCAUCGGUCAGGAUGCUUCGGCCGUCAACGAUACCAAAGUAAAAACCACCGCUAUCGUCGAAAACCACCGGGGACUUUCCGUAUCUGACGACACUUCCGCCCGGCCAAGGCGGCGCAGUGGCAGCAGUAUAGUGGUGGUGGGACAAGAGGACGCCGAGCCGGUCAAGCGGCCGCCCGACGUCGAGGAGACAGACGAUGCGUACAAGAUGAUGAUGAUGAUGGCCGCCUGUGACAACGGACCUCACCGAGAGAUGGCUGUGGACGUGCCAGAGUCGUGGGCGCCCAAGAACAAGACGCCACCUCGCUAUCCCCCUCCGCGUCCACAGGUCAGGAUACAGGCCAAUGUGAAUGGGAUGGGGGAGAGUCCUAGCCCUAGCCCCGCCAAGCCCGUACCACCCCCCAGGGACCACCUGCGGAUAGAGAAGGACGGCCGCUUGGUCAACAGGGCGCCGCCCCCUCAGCUACCCGCCCGCCUCACCGACAACAUCAACAACAACACCAAAGAGCCGCCCCCGGCCAUCGCCCCCACCCCCACCUCGGCCGAGCUUUCUAGCAUACGGAAAUACCAGGAGGUGAAACGUAAGGAGCGUGCCGAGAAGGAGCGUGUGGCGGCGCAGAAUGAGUUCCUCAACCGGUCGCUCCGGGGCUCCAAGAAGCUUCAGGCGCUGGAGAGUGGCGCGGGCCCGGGGGUGGUCAAUGAUGCCUUCACGGAGGACGAGCGGCCCACUCCUGUCUCCGCCACUCCCGAGUUGCCAGAGGACGAGGACGUGUUCGCCGACACCCUGCACAAAGUCAUCAGUUAUGGGGAGCUUGUGGCAUCCCUGCAGCGGUUGCAGUUACAACUGAAGAAGGCCGGCCAUGGGUACGGGGCUCUGGAGGCUCAAGCUGGGGCCGUACAGACCCUACUGCUGAGUCCUGGCUUUGGCAGGGCACUGGCAGCUCACAACAAGGUGCAGCAGUCCUGGCCUCAGCAGACACUCGGUAAACCAGUCACAGGCCAAGCCCAGGCACUAGUCAGAGAUUGCCUAGAAGUGCUGCAGCCUUGCACACAGGCUGAGGCAGCUGAGCUCAGUGACCUUCUGACAAGGUAUGAGCUGGAGGGUCUGCUGUACGCUCACGACACCAUCACUCGGGAGAUAGCCGACCAGAGUCCCGUCAUGACACCCAACACUCAUGUCAACCACUCCCCACCUUCUGUGCCUGAGGACCAGGAUUCCAACAUUAAAAUCAUUAAAAUUGAGAAAACCAAUGAACCUCUGGGAGCGACGGUAAGGAACGAGGGAGAGGCUGUGAUCAUUGGACGAGUAGUGAGAGGUGGUGCAGCGGAGAAAAGCGGGCUACUGCACGAAGGAGAUGAGGUGCUGGAAGUUAAUGGUAUCGAGAUGAGAGGCAAGUCGGUGAACGACGUGUGUGACUUGCUGUCCACGAUGACUGGGACUCUUACCUUCCUCAUUGUGCCAGGACAGCGACGUGGCAGCAUACGUACAUCCUCCACACGAGAUACUCUGAUGCAUGUGAAGGCACACUUUGACUACGAUCCCGAGGAUGAUCUGUAUAUCCCCUGCAGAGAGCUAGGAGUGAGCUUCCAGAAAGGUGAUGUGUUGCACGUGAUCUGCCAGGAGGACCCAAACUGGUGGCAGGCCUACCGUGAAGGAGAAGAGGAUCAGACCCUCGCUGGCCUCAUCCCCUCCAGAUCCUUCCAGCACCAGAGAGAGUCUUUAAAACAGACCAUUACUGGUGACAAAAUAGGAAGAGAAAAGUCAAAAAAAGCAGGAACAUUCCUGUGUGCAAAAAAGAAUCCUAAAAAGAAAAAGAAGAAAAUGCCUUAUAGUGCUAAUUAUAACGACGGUGGAUAUCCCAUAUACCAUACUACAUCAGCGGACGAAUAUGAAGUAGAGGAAAUUUUAACUUAUGAGGAAGUUACGCUAUACUAUCCUCGAGCAAAUCACAAACGGCCGAUCGUUCUCAUUGGUCCACCCAACAUCGGCAGGCACGAGUUGAGGCAGAGACUGAUGGAAGACUCUGAGAGAUUUGCUGCAGCCAUACCUCAUACCAGCAGAACCCGCAAGGAAGGUGAAGUAGAUGGCCAAGAUUACCACUUCAUCACCCGGGCUCAGUUCGAAGCAGAUAUCUUGUCUCGCAAAUUUGUGGAGCAUGGAGAGUAUGAGCGUGCGUACUACGGCACAUCGCUCGAUGCCAUCCGUUCUGUCGUCAAUGCUGGCAAAAUAUGUGUGCUCAACCUUCAUCCUCAGUCACUUAAAAUACUUAGGAGUUCUGACCUCAAGCCUUAUGUCGUUUUUGUUGCGCCACCUUCAUUAGAGAAACUAAGACAGAAGAAAAUUCGUAAUGGAGAAGCAUUUAAGGAAGAAGACUUAAAGGAUAUAAUAGAGAAGGCUCGAGAAAUGGAAGACAAGUACGGCCACUUGUUUGACAUGAUCAUUAUCAAUAAUGACACAGAACGAGCCUACCAUCAGCUGCUGAAUGAGAUCAACAGUCUGGAACGCGAGCCACAGUGGGUGCCUGCCGCAUGGCUCAAGUCACUAUGAGGAAUAUUGAUCAUGCGCAGUCAAAGCGAGUCUGCUGAAGACAGCUAGCAGGACCGAACACGCUGGACUGCGUCUUGUCAUGUUCUAAUCACAUGUUUAAUCGAAUCUUCGUGUUAGCUCUAGAGCCUAUUAGUGCCGCUGCCAUUCAUAUUUAGAUCUUUUUUCAAUUUCUUAUGAAAGUAAUAGAUUCAUCAAACUUAAAUUUGUUAAUUGAUUGAAAUUUAUAUGCGUGUUAUCACUAUUACCACAUUAUUACCAGGUGUUUAAAAUUAAUAAAUGAAACCUCAAUAAAUUUUAUUACAGUUUUUAAAUUAAAAAUUCUUUUAUUCCUAUUAUCUUACUGGAUUAAUAUAUACAUACAGUAAAUGAUAACAUUUCUAUUACAUUGAGCUGUUCCUUAAUUACAAACAUUUCCAACAUUUACUGUCAAAUAAAUGUUAAACCUGAUAGUUAUUACCUUUUCUUUCUAGUACAUUAAAUAUUUUUCACCUUUAUAUUCAAUCAAUACAAAGUUUGACUCAAUAGAAACAAAGAAGGAUGAUUUUUUAUUCUUGGGUAUCUUGUCUACAGUGAUUUUCAUAAGUAAAAUUUCAUACUAUUUUAAUACAUUACUUGAAAUGUGGGGUAUUUGGUGCUAUGAUUUAAAGUACAGUAGUGGUUACCUGUAGUUUUUCGUAUUGUUGUUUUUAUUGUUUAUACAGUGUGAAGAUUAUUUUUGUUAAUAAUUUGUAGUUUAAAUAUUAUAAGACUUUAUUAUUUAUGCUUCAUGACAUCACCAAAAGACAAUAUUGUGUACUUAGCAUAUGUUGUGAUCUAAGUGAAAAUAUUCAAAAAGAUAAAAUGUCAUUUUAUUAAAAAAAUAUAGAAACAUGUAAUUUAUAUAGAUAUAUAAAAUAUGGGAUUCAAAAUUAUUUGGUAUGGAUACCUAAAAGAUCUUUUUUGUAACAUAAGGAGAAAAAUUACGAACCCUUCUGAAACUAGACUUUUUCUGAACGAUUCUUAAAGGUUGCAUUUAUGAAGUUUUUGCUAAUGAUCAGCCCCAAUAGAGUGUGUACAAUAACAGUUUAUUAUCUCCCAAUCCCUAUCUUGUCAAUUUUCAGUAGCAGUUUGGAUAGUUGGUGUAAACUGAUCUUCUGUUGUUUUAGAGCAACAUGUUACUGUGGUGUUGUAUUAAGGGGAAUGCUAUGACGAAUACGUAUCAGAUUUUAAAAUGUUUUCUGUAAUACUAAUUUUUUUUUUAUCUAUUGAAGAUUUAGAUUUUAAUUAUUUGACUGUAAGAUUGCAUCAGACUGUAGCGUUGGUUUAAUGUAAGUCAAAAGAUAAUGAUGGGAUAGGGGAGUAAUUUCAGCGUUCUGUAAAAAUCACCCAAACCUAUUGUAUUAUUAAAACCUAAUUUUUAAUAUUUAGAGGACAUUUUAAACUUACUUUUAGUAUAUUUAUAGUAAACUGUUUAUCUUUUAACUGAUAAGAAUUAAAUAACCAAACAUUGAAUUAAAAUAAUUACAUGAAUAAUAACUUAUACAAAAAUAUUGAAAAUCCAUCAACAUUGUUUUUCUUACAUUAAACCUAAAUAGCUGUCAUCACAAACAUUAAUAAUAAAUUAUUACUAUACAACAGAUUUAAUAUUUAAGUAUUUUCCAUGUAAACUGUAUCAAAUUUUAUUUUGGUCACCAGUGUUCAGUAGUGUUUUAUAGUUUUAAAAGAAGAGUAGAUUAUUUUUUGACUAACAGCUUAUAUUUUAAUUGUGAAUUUAACCAAACAACCUGACAAGAGCUUUAAAAACUUUUUUUAAACAAAGCGGAUAAAAGGAAAAGUGAUUUUAUGUUGUAUUCCAACCCUGUGAGGACAGUGCAUGUUUGUAAGGGAGGGUUGCGAGUGUGCCAAACUAAUUAUGUAUAGUAAAUAAAACAAUGGUAAAGACUGAAGUUUGGAGAUAAGCUAGUUUCCUACUUUUGGAUUGUUCAACUGUAAACGUAAAGCCCUUCAAUUGAAGCAAUACACCAGCUACGUGCUCACAAAGUGAGGAGCCCAAGGAAUUUAUAAAUGUUGUACAGACUUGUUUUUAUUUUGUGUGUUGUUUAUAGAUUCUACUAAUGUGUACAGUUAUUAUUAGCCUUCGUAUUAAUGUGAUUUUAUUAUUAUUGUUUUCACUGAUGACUUCGCUCCAAUAUCAGUGAAUGUAUAUAACUCAUUCCAGAAUGUUUAUAUUAUAUUGAAAGAUUGAUAUUACGUUAAAGCAAAUAGAAAACUUUGUUCUACAAAGUAUUAUACACAACAAUAUAUUGUAAAUCUUUGUUGUAAGACCUUAGUAAAUGGUACUGAUGUA